AUGAUAAGCUCUUUUCAUGCACUGGUUGUCACCCUGCAAGGAGAGCAGCUGAGGCGUGUGGACGAGGGCCUGGACCAAAUCAACCAGGACAUGAGGCAGGCGGAGAAAAACCUGACCGAUCUCUCCAAGUGCUGCGGCAUGUGCGUGUGUCCCUGUGACAGGGUGUCGUCUAUCGAGAAGGACUCAAAGUACAAGCGCACAUGGGGUCUUAGAGGAGCCGACAACGAGAAUGACUCCAACGGAGGAAAAGUGGUCUCCAGGCAGCCGUCGGGCGUCCGCAACGGGCAGGCCCAGGCCAACGCCCCCUCAGGACCCUACAUCAAGAGGAUAACCAAUGAUGCUCGUGAGGAUGAGAUGGAAGAGAAUCUGGACACGGUCGGCAGCAUCAUUGGCAACCUGAAAAACAUGGCUCAGGACAUGGGCAACGAGAUAGACAGUCAGAACAAACACAUCGACAGCAUCAACGACAAGGCGGACAUGAACAAGUUUCGUAUCGAUGAAGCGAACCAGAGAGCCAACAAGCUCAUCAAGUAGACGAGGAACGCUUCUGCCAGUUUAUUCUAUCAACCUCCAGCCUCUGUCGCCACACCCAUACACCCACUGCACACUCGCACACACAGAAAAUAAAAAAGAAAUUCAGUCAGGAAGAAUAUCUUUGCCAGCUGUGACAUUUCUGCAUUUUCUAAAUCGGCCACCACCAACACACCCUUUGACACAUGUAUUUAUAGUCAUGCUGGACUUUGAGGGCAUCAGAAGCUGCUCCGAGAGGAAGUGAAUGCCUGCCUAUCACUGCUGCUCAUAUCAUAUCUCACAGAAAGGGAAGUAGCAAAGUUCAGCUGCUUCUCUUUCUUCGUCACCUUUUUCUUAAAGUUAAUAACUCAGAACUGUCUCUCUCUCUGUGUGGCUAUGGAUGAGUUCAUGGAUAAAUGCUCAUACGCUGUCUUUAAGUAAUAUACAGCCUGUCGUUCGUUGAAGGGUCACCCUAAUGAUACCCAUCUGGUUUAAUCGUAAAACAUACUCAAAUUCUCAUUGGCUAACUGUGUAAUUAAGUGUAAUGUAUCAUAUGUAAUAGAUUUGAGAUGAUGUGCUUAUUUAAUUAUUCUUUUUCAAGCAGAAAUGACUUGUGAAUAAAGUUGUUGUUUUAUAAACACUUUGUUCUCAUGUCAUUUAAGCCAUUUCAGAUGUAAAAGCUAUUUCAAAAAUAUAUUAAAUGUUGUGUUUUGGAGAGUCAUGGCAAAUCUUUCAUGCUCGAAUUCAAAGCACCUUCCCCUAAAUGUUUCUGACUCGAAGCCAAGCUUGUUGUAACUUUUUGUGAGAGGUGUUGAACUGAACUGGACUUGGAAAUGUAAAAUAUACUACUAAUUACUUUUCCUUCAAAUGAGAAGGAGGGUCAGUAAGCAGCAUGAAAAACCUUCAUCAGGAACUCCUCCAAAGCAUAUCGUUUAUUUUCUAAUAAAACUAAAUAUGUGAAUCAUGA